UGAUAUUUAUGCUUGAAAUUUCUGAUUAAAAUUGAAAGAAUCUCAUCUAUCACACAGCUCACAUGCCUUGGUGGUAUUUCUGGAAUUAGAAAAAAUCCUGUAAUGGAAAACAUUGCUCAUUUCUGAUAAAUAUGCUAAAAAAAACAAAUCAUUUUCUCUGAAUUAAAUGUUCCCCUUUUUGUUCUUAUAUCAAUAUAAUUAUCUAAUUAAAGAACUAAUGGGCAGUUAAAGUGAAUUUUCUCUUAGCAGGCUUAUGAGAUUGGAUUAACUAAGGGUCCUAAUUUUCUCAAAUCAAGGAAUGUCGUUAUUUAUGUACUUCAAAUCAAAUUCCUCAAGGUUCCACUAUCUAUUGCCAUGCACCUAACCUUUAUAUAAAAGAAGAUUAUUUUUCUUAAAAGUAAUUUCUCAAUUAAGAAAAAAUAAGACUUCAAUAUGUUACGUUCAUGAUGCAAGCAAAAAUAAGUCCAUGGCCAAAGGUUUGUUAAGUUCAAAAUUGACAGAGUUUGGCAAGAAGGCAAUAUGCAGAUAUACUCUGCAAUAUGUUCAUGUACUAAACCAAUAAAGUCAAUCCUUGCCCACCUUUAUCCCCUACAUAAAUCUCUUCAUUUAGAUACUUAUAAUCUUUUUUAAUGUAAUAUACUCUGCACCUUGAUACAUAAACUUGAUGCUUUGCUUUAGCUUAAUUUGCUGAACAAGAAAAGGCACUUCAUUUCUAAUAUCUCUUGUUUCUUUACUCUCAAGGUGGAGAGUGUUCAUCUUGCUGAGCUUUGGAUGGGGUUAGUUAGGAAUCUUGAUAUGAGAAGUGGAGAUUCUUUAGAAGGAUUGUUGUGUGACAAAACUAAGAUGAGACAACAAAAGGGUGGUUCUUCAAGGCUUGUUACUGUGUUAACUUGUUUACAAUUCACGUUUGCUGUUUAUGCUACAUUUCUUUUAUAUUAUAUGAGCCCCUCUAUAGAUUUAAGGUCUAAACCAGACUUCAGUUGGACUACAAGAAUUGCUCAGCAAUGGAAGCAAUUCAUAAUUCAGGAAGCUAAUUCAGUUGUUACAGCUGAAAGUACUCAACCAAUGGAGGUUUGUGAGCAUGAGAAGAUUGAUUUUGUACAGAAGAAGUCGAACGAUGCUGUCAUGAUCAAGUUGAAGACUGAACUUUAUCAAGAAGUGCUAGAUUUUCAAAGCAAGUCUCUUGGUGCUGAGACUCUUUCUCAACUAAUGGCGAUGAAGUCCAAAUGGGAUUUGCGCGGUCCAAACAAGCCAAAAAUCACAGUAAUUUUGAAUCAUUUUAAGAGGAAAACACUUUGUGCUCAGCUUGACUCUUUGCUUGGCCAGACCUUCCCAUUUCAUCAUGUUUGGGUACUCUCAUUUGGAAGUCCAAAUGAGAAAUCCUUGAGAAGAAUUGUGCAUAAGUAUGAUGACUCAAGAAUAAGCUUUAUCAGCUCAAGCUAUGAUUUCAAGUACUAUGGAAGGUUCCAAUUGGCUUUACAAACAGAAGCUGACCUUGUAUAUAUCGUAGAUGAUGACAUGAUCCCGGGGAAAAAGAUGCUGCAAAUGUUAGCACAUGUUGCUGGAACAGACAAGUACAAGAAUUCUGUUCUGGGCAGCAUUGGUAGGAUUUUGCCUUUUAGACAAAAGGAUUCUAGUUUUCCAAGCUACAGGAAGUUUCGAUCCAAGGAAGCAGGGCUUUAUUUGCCUGAUCCUGCUUACAACAUCACAGUGAACAAAAUUGUUCAGGUGGAUUUUCUCUCCAGUUCUUGGUUUAUGUCUGCUGAGCUUGUCAACACACUAUUUAUCGAGACGCCAUUCACUUUCAUGACAGGGGAAGACUUGCACUUAAGCUAUCAGCUUCAGAAGUACAGAAAUGCCGGUUCAUUUGUGCUACCAGUUGAUCCAAAAGAUAAGGACACUUGGGGUGAUAGUGAGCAUAGGCUUGCCUAUGUAUCCGAAACAACUGUAAUUUUCAAGGACAUUGUCCAAGUCCGUGAUGAACAGUGGUGGAGGGCGCUCUCUGCUGGUUAUGUGACACAAUGGGCAACGAUGUAUCCUCAAAAAAUCGAUGCACUUUUCUAUGCCCACUCUGUCAAUGAAGUUAAAGCUCUUGCACCUCUUCUGCUAAAGUUCAGUUCAACUGUGGGAAAGCAGUCCUAUAUCGUUGUCUCGGGAGGCAGCUUUUGCACUUGUGAAGAUGCUGCAGCAGCUUUGAAGUGGCCCAAGACAGUAUGCAAAGAAAGAAGAUUCAAGAUUAUGGAUCUAGGAGUUGGUGCUUUGUCAGGAAAUUCAAAUUCAGAAGUUCCGGUAGUUCAAGCAGUGUAUGCCAGCAUGAAAGGACUAAUCAAAAUUCACAAUCCUAGCCUGGUGAUCACAGUAGCCGAUGCAGACUCUAUUGUGAAGAAAGCUCUGAAGAUGGCUACUGAAGCUAACACAAACAGUUCAACACUCGUUCUUCUACCAAAGUCAUUGGUACCAGAGGUUCUUUGGAUGGCUGAUAUUCGUUCCACAGCGCUGCAGAACUGGAACAAAAUGAGGAUUUAUGUGAAUAUCAUCACACAGAAUAGAGCUAAUUCACUUGCAAGGCUUCUCAAAUCUCUAAGUGAUGCAUACUACAUUGGUGAAGAAGUUCCUAUUACUCUCAACAUGGAUAGCAAGGUGGAUGAGGCAACUGUAAAGCUUGUCAACUCAUUUAAUUGGCCUCAUGGACCCAAAAUUCUUCGAAGGAGAAUCAUCCAAGGAGGCCUAAUUCGAGCAGUUAGUGAAAGUUGGUACCCCUCAUCAGACGAUGAUUUUGGCCUCUUACUUGAAGAUGACAUUGAAGUAUCCCGAUACUAUUACCUUUGGAUCAAACAUGCUCUCUUGUCCUAUCACUAUGACCCUGAAACAUCGCUUCCUGAGCUCUCUUCAAUCUCUCUUUACACUCCACGGUUAGUGGAAGUAGUAAAAGAAAGGCCUAAAUGGAAUGCAACAGAUUUCUUCAAGCACAUUCAUCCAAACACACCUUAUCUCCACCAGUUGCCUUGCAGUUGGGGUGCUGUUUUUUUCCCCAAGCACUGGCGGGAAUUCUACGUCUACAUGAACAUGAGAUUCACAGAAGACGCGAAGAAAAAUCCCGUUCAAAUCCCAAGAUCAAGAACCAAUGGCUGGCAAGCAUCAUGGAAGAAAUUCUUGAUAGACAUGAUGUACUUAAGAGGUUAUGUUACACUUUAUCCAAAUUUCCCCAAUCAAACAAGCUUUUCGACGAAUCAUAUGGAACCAGGAGCUCACAUUGCUGCUAAAGAAAAUGUGAUCAACCACAACAAGGCUGAUUUUGAGGUACCAUUGCUAAAAGAGGACUUCAAAAACUUUCUGCCUAGUGGAAAAAUGCCAGCAGCUUCAAGAUUGCCUUCAUUAAACCUCUUCAACCAACCUGUUUCUCUAAAAGGCAUAAAGGCAGCUGGUGCAAAAUUGGGACAGGAUGUUCUUAAAUGCAAUCAAACAGAGAUAGUAACUGUUAACCAUGAGACAGGUGUGCCUUCACAUUGUACAAAAUUCUAAAAAUUCACAAUUUUUUUUUUCUUUCA